CUACGCUACAAUUUUUACAGUUUCCUAACCUUUCACAACAAACAGAAAUUAAAAAAUUUUAUAACAAAUAAACAUUAGAAAACAAUUAUAAAAAAAUGAUUUCUUUAUCUCGGUUAUCAAUGUUCACUAGGAAUUAUUGUUUUAAAAGUAUUUAUUCAUUAGAACAGUUAUAUCCAAAAGGUAACCCCAGAUUGGUUACUCCAGAAUUCGUACCAGAAGAUCUAAAUGUAAAAUUUACUGGCUUUAUUCCCAUGAAUCAACUCAAAAUUACCUACUCUCAUAGUAGUGGACCUGGAGGACAAAAUGUCAACACUUCAAACUCAAAAGUAGAUCUUCGGUUCAAUGUUAAAAGUGCUACAUGGAUAUCUGAUGAAAUAAAAGAGAAGUUAUCAAUUCAAGAACGACACAGAAUUAAUAAGGAAGGAUUUUUAGUCGUUAAAUCAGAAGUCACCCGUCAUCAACACCUAAACCUUGCUGAUGCUUUAGAAAAAUUACGAGCAAUGAUAAGAAAAACUGUUGCGUCCGAUGAUGUGACUGUUUCUCCAGAAAAUGAAGAAUUGAAAAGGAAACGACAAAUAAAAGCAGCGCGGCAACGUAUUUUUGAAAAACGAAUGCGAUCGGAAAUUAAACAACACAGAAGAGUGUCUAAUGCAGAUAUUGAAUAAAUCUUAAGCCAUUUUGUCAUACAAUUAUUUAUAGAAAAUAAAUUGAUAAAAAUUAUGUACAUAGCAA